AAACUAGUUAUUGAACUUAUUUCAAGCCAACCGUUUCCUUUAAAUGCCUAGAAAACAGCUAGCAAGUAGGUCUACAUAUCAUAUUCCUACUUUUUUUUGUUACGCAGCAGAGACUUAUUGCGACUCUCAAAUACAUAGACGUGACCGACAAUAAAGCCAGAGUUGCAUUCGAAAUUUCGGCAGUUUAGUCACCAGUGAUAGCAGCCUACCAGCAGAAAACGCAGAAAGAGCAGUGAACACACCCCACUGAAGUGUAUCUUCACAAACACGCCAAGAAAUGUUAUCACUAGGAAAGGCACUGCAGGCCAUGUUUCAUCCUAUCUCUGAAGAUACUGUUUCAGGAAGUGAAAGUAAGUGAAUGCGACAAGAAUGUCACGCUUGAAAUAGGUUCAACAGAGUCUUGGACUGGACUGGAGUGGGUGCGUUGAAGUGUCCCUGAGCAAGACACCUAACCCCCAAAAUUCUCCGGACGAGCUGGUUGGUGCCUCGCAUGGCAGCCAAACCCCGUUGGUGUGCGAGUGUGUGUAUGAAUGGGUCAGUGCGAAGCAUCAGUUGUACAAGGCUUUGGAUAAAGGCGCCAUACGACAUGACGUGUAUAAUAAAUGCCAACCAUUUACUUAUUUGCUUAUUUUUGUGUGUUUGCAGGUCUUACAAUGUAACGUGUACAGAAGAGACCGCCAAGCCGGGCUUCCCCAAAACCUGCUGCUCCCUUCAAGACAUCCCUCUCAUCAGUAAGUGUGGCUCAUUCCCCCCGGAGAGCUGUCUGUUCAGCCUGAUUGGCAAUGUGGGAGCCUUCAUGGUGGUGAUGGUGUGCCUGCUGCGGUAUGCCCAGCUGAUAGAGCAGGGCCAGCACUGCUGGAUUAACACCAGCGGUCUGGCCUCAGGCUGUGUGAACGCCCUGGGCCUCGUCAUGGUGGGAAACUUCCAGGUGGACCACGCCAAAUCGCUGCACUACGUGGGGGCGGGCGUGGCCUUCCCCGCCGGGCUGCUGUUCGUGUGCCUGCAGUGCGUGCUGACGCACCGCGUGGCGGCCACUGCGCUCGAUCACUGGAUGGCCUACAUGCGCCUGGCCCUGGCCGGGGGCGCCGUGGUCUCCCUCGUCCUCAGCGGCGUCUUCUUCAUCCACGAGAGCUUCGUGCUGCAGCACGCGGCGGCCAUCUGCGAGUGGGUCUUCACCGUGGACAUCCUGGUGUUCUACGGCACGUUCACCUACGAGUUCGGCACCGUCACCAGCGAGACCAUGAUGGCGGCGCUGAGCCGGAACCGCGCCCGGGGGUCGGGCGUCGUCAUCGGGCCCGGCGGCAGGUCGGUGCCGCUCGGGGGCGGUACCAAGGGCUUGAAGUCCCCCGGGAGCAGUAACGCCUCCACCCACCUCAACUGCACCACAGAGAGCGUCGCCAUGUUGUAGGCCGGGGAUCUCGACCUCGGGACUCCAGAGGGCCGCAGAAACGCCUGGCCGGUUUUGGGUGCGAUGCGACGCGUUAAGACGCGUGAUUUCAAAUCGCCGACGCACACACCGGACUUUGUUCUCAAGGCCAUUGAAAUCCGCCCCUCCCAGAUUGGAGUUUGAGAUUCCUGCUGUCGACACUCUCCACACUGUUCUUCUACUGGCCAUCCCAGCAGUGCAGGUCAGUGUAGGGCUUAAAAGUGCUUUUUCAUGGGUGACGAGAAACAGCAGUCAGUUUGGAGACGGCAUCGACUGGGCACACAAGGACAUGUAUGCUGUCCUCUUGCUAUUGGGUUUUUAUUUAGUCAUCCCCCCUAAACACUUCAUUUUUUACCCCAAUGAUGUUCAGCCAGGGGGCGUAUUGGAAAAGGCUCGAUUUCACAGGCCCUUUGAAGGUUUUAUAGCGCACUAUAAGCGGUGUGUGUGUGUCCCAUUACGCUUCAGUUCAUUCUGCCUUUCUUUUGCUGCGCACAAGGUCUCUCUCGACACACCUGUGUACACUCUUUCACGAGUACACCGUGUUCCCGAGGCAGAGUAUUUUACAAAUUUAUGCAGGCAUCAAAAGAAUUUAUUUUCGGUAAUAGGUGGGGGGGCCUCGUGUCUUUCAGGCAGAACGUCUGUCAAAUCCUUCUGUGUUUUCGGGUUUUCGCCGCAGGGCGAAGGCAGUGUGUGUCAACGACAGGGAGGGGAACAGAGCCCAGUGUGUGCCGUGGGAGGGGAUGGAACCCGCGCUGCGCUGGUGCAGGGGACUCGUACGCGGCCUGAGAGCCAGCCACCCUGCAGACUGCGCCACAGGCCUCGUCUUUCUGCUGCGUUAAUCUGCUUGUUUUACUUAUUCAAGGUUGAGUGUCCGUUUCUGAUCAGCUCAAGACAGAGCAGAUCAUUUUGUGUGCCAUGACGUAUGUAUUGGUCUGAAGCAGAAAAAACUAGACUGAAUUUUUUUUCCCCAGUUUUUUUUAUUUAAUUUAAAUCAAUUUGUUACACCGACAAUUCUUAAUUGACAAUGUUUAGGUUCUUUCGGGAUGUCCAAUGAUGCAUUCAGUGUACACUUGUGCAGAGGGUGUUCGUGUGUAGAAGGUUUUCAUGUUGGGAUCCUGUCCUAUAGCCUUGGGGUGAGAAUUUCCGUUCCUGGGGGACCGGUGUGUCUUCAGAUUGUUGUUAGCAACUGCCAGAGCCAAUGAGUGGAGCGGUUUGUAACCUUUGACGGCUCUAUUGGAAGGCAUAUUUAUUAAUGUGGCAAAUGAUUGAUUGUGAAUGGGCAAUAUUGGGUUAUCAUAUCAGUAUUAAUGAUACAGCAAUAUACGAAUCUGUCAUAUAUUUACAUGACUUUAUGGCAAUACGAAAAAUCAACGACGCCGGAACAGUAUACGGUUCUCAAAUGCAAUGUGUGGUUGUUUGGAAUUUUAAUACACUGUUUAGAGACCCGCGACUGUGUUGAACAGAGAGAUACGAUAUUAUACGUGCAGUGUGCAUUGUAGGUACGUAAUAACCUAACAUGUCAAAUGGGUUUAUAAAUACGGAUCGAGCUAAAAAUGCUAAGCGUUAAAGAAAAAUUUAAAAGAGCUUAUAAAGGCCUAAUGCCAGCAGGUGCUCGCGCAGUCCAGACACUGAAAUUCUGGUUAAGGCUUACACAGAGUAAUGAACCAUACCCGUAGUAAGAACACUGUAAAAGAAGGAUUGCUCUUCUCUAACGAGUUCUCCUUCAUGCUCUUCAGCGAAAGCUUCCGAGAAGAAAGAUGUAUUCAGGUUUUAAAAUAUAUAUUCGCAGCUAUUAUAUUUUUGGCACUAGUGAUGCGCGUCCUUGGACCGCCGUGAAGAAAUGAAACGGCACAUAAUCUAGCUCAGCAGUGCCACCUUGUGGGAUUUGUUUGUAACUGAAAAUGCCCUGGAUUAUGGGGUACUGCAAGCGUUCCCACACGACAGCCUCCUAAUUAUAGCUUUAAAAACAGCACUUAUAACUAAAUAAGAAAACUUCUCUGCAUUUUAUUGACCUACGAAAAAUAUUGGUCAUUAGCCUGGAUUCACAUUUGUCCUAAUUUUGACUAACAAUUAAAAACAAUAAUAAAAAGUGUAACAUUUGCAUUGACUUGGAAGUUUUAAGUUAAGGACAAAUGUUAAUGGAAUAGUUCACUCACUGGUCACCUUUUGUUUCCAUGGGAGCCGUAGCUUCAUGAUCGUUAAUAGUAUCACCAGGUUGAAAUAUUGCCACCACAACACUGUAAUGCCACAGUGGUUUUUUUAAACUACACACAGACAAACGAGGGAAUUAAGAUUUUGUUACCACAAUCUCUGACCGUGGUGCUCCUCCAGCGUGUCUGUAAAUCAGCACUGUGUUUUGCAGCCAGUGGUCAUUUGGACUUACAGCACAUUCAUCACUUAUCCAGGAAUAGGUCCCGACCAGCAAUAGUUCAUCAGUCAUCAGCAUAACUAAUAAAUGUGUCAGUGGCUACAAUGCAAAAAAAAAAAGAAAGAAAAAAAAGUCAAAUGUCUUUCACAUAUGAACAAAAGUCAACUGGGCAGUACUGGAGCAGUAUUCUUUUGUGACAACAGGUAGCUCUCAUAAAGUGUUGAACGAUCUUGUAAAAUCAAUUUUUCCUGUUCUGAACAUGGCAAUGCCGCCCGUCGCUGAGGGUUGAUGGUCGAUGACUACAGUCGAUCCGCAAAUAGACAGCCAUGUUACCAUUCCAGCUCAGACUCUGCGGAUUACCGUUCCUGCUGCAGAAGGACCAGUGCUCGAAAGAGGCCACCAUGGCCCCUUGAUGGGGUGGGGGAGGAAAUGUUGUAUUUGCCACCGUUGCAAAACAGUGCUGAAAGAAAGGGAAAUAUCAUAACUGUGGCCAACUCAAGGGUUGUUAGGUCAGCCCCGCUGCCCACAUUUCCCAUGCAGAAUACUGAUGUUGCAGUGUGAUGUGGUUAUUUAGCAUAUACUCAAUGAGCACUUUAUUAGGUUUUUUAUUAGUUUUUUUUAAAGUUUUUUUUUUUACUUCUACUGCUGUUGCCUAUCCACUUAGAGUUAUGAUGCAUUGUGUGUUCAGAGAUGCUCUUCUGCAUACCACUGUUGUAAUGUGAGGUUAUUUGCGUUACUGCCACCUUCCUGUCAGCUUUGACCAGUCUGGCCGUUCUCCUCUGACGUCUCUCAUUUACAAAGCGUUUCUGUCUGGUGAACUGCUGCUCACUGGAUUUUUUUGUUUUUGCACCAUUCUUUGCAAACUGUAGAGACUAGUGUGCUUGAAAAUCCCAGGAGAUCAGCAGUUUCUGAGAUACUCAAACCACCCUGCCUGCCACCAACAAUCAUUCCACGGUCAAAGUCACUUAGAUCACAUUUUUCCCCAUUCUGAUGGUUGAUCUGAACUGAAGCUCCUGACCUGUCUCUACAUGAUUGUAUGCAUUGCACUUGUGCCAUAAAAUUGGCUGAUUAGAUAAUCACAUGAAGAAGUAGGCGUAAUAAAGUAAAAAUGUUCCUAAUAAAGUGCUCGGUGAGUAUGUAUGUGGGCAGUAAUCGGUUUUACACACCAACCACUUUGCUCUAAGUAUUUCAGCAAAAUAAUAUGUUUUACUCCAAAGCAUAAUUCCAAGCAACAGUAACCAUUAUUUAAAGGAAUAAAGCCUUAACUUGUUUUUGUCAUCAUUACCAUCUUCAUUUGCAAUAUUAUAUUGCGCACUGCAGGAAUAAUGUUAUCGUACGAUAGAGGGUUUGACAUCGGUGUACGCCACGUGGUGCGUACUCUCCAGUUAUGCAACGGAUUGAUGGCAACGAUCCAUUUUCUGUGUCAUUUGUGACAAAAUGAAUUUGUUUGCUAGUAUCCUGCUGAAGUUGUGACUGCAGAACGUUUUACAUUCUGAAGCGAUGCAGUUAUUGAUUUUGCACAUUUCCUUUGUUACGUGCUGCUAAGCCAAUAGAAUCUGUGAAGCCGUCGGCUGUCAAGCUUCCCGUGUUCAGUGUAUGAAUAUGCGUUUACUAUAAGUCAACAGUGGGAGACCGCAGACACGUGUACGUACGGCUUUAUAAAGUACUCGUCUAAAGGACUACGCCGUAGGAGAUGGGGUGAGAGAAAUCAAAGCUUUAAGGUUCAAUCAAGAGCUUCAUCACCAGCAUACAUUGUGCGUGCCAUGAACACCAGUUGGUAUCUCUAGCCAGACUCCAGCAAUAUUGUCAUUUACACUGCAUGUGAAUCAACUGGUUAAGCCAGCCAUUUCUGAUUUACUU